GCGCAAUUCGACUAAAUAUCUCAUAGCAUUUUAUUAUAAUCCAACAUUACCAAUAUAUAUUUAGCAAGAAUUACUAUAAUGUUUAUACCUUUUAUUAUUGUGAGCAAAUUGACGGCUCGUGUUGCGAAAAUAGGUUAUGCUUUCUUGCUCAAUUGACAUGAUCGAAAGUUUCACGCGAAUAUAAUAUAUACACAAUUCACCUCGCUGAUCAUAGAAUGUCUUUCACGUGAAAUCACUGAUCGUGUGUCUUAAUUAGUUAUCAGGACUAAGUGUUCUAUCCUGUUAUCAGAAUUUAUCAGUAGAACAGAGAGUGACAAAUAGCAUAUAUGUCGAACGACAAAUGGGGAACGAAAAGAGUGCUCUACGUGGACUCGAAAUCGAGGACAAGGCUGUGGAAGUAACAGACUAUUGGAUGCAUUAUGAUGCAUGCAUACACGAUUCAAAUCUACAAAAACUGUCAAUCUUUAUCAGUGAACCGUCCUUGCAUUUCACGGCGACAUUUGGAAGGCCAUCACCAUUAGAGCGAGCGGCAAAGAAUUUCAUGCUACAUCGACAUCCUUGUAUCCUGAAAUAUAUCUCCUCAUGGAGCAAAGGUAGCAAGUUCUUUCUUGCUACGGAAGAAGCCAGGCCAUUAAUUCAAGUUAUUGAAAAGCAGAAUAUAUUACAAAUAUGUAUUGGCUUGCAUAGCAUUUUGCGAGCUUUAAUAUUUCUACAUGAGACAGCGUUGGCAUCACAUAACAAUAUAUGUAGCAGUUCUAUUUAUGUCACUGCAGAAGGAUAUUGGAAAUUGGGUGGAUUAGAAUGCCUAUGUAAAUUCUCAGAUGCAACACCGACGUAUUAUCAAAGAAUAAAAAGCUAUAGGUAUGAAAAAGGGAUAUCGCCAGGUGAAGACAUAGAUGAUUUAGUUAAAUCUGCUAAUCUUACUGCGAUUGAUUCCUAUGCAUUUGGAGUGUUGGCAGAAGAUAUUUUGAAAAACUUACAAGAUACAGAUGAAGCGCCAAAUUUAUUGGAAUUUAAAGAAUUCUGUAAAAAGAAUUUGCAAAAUGCAGAUGCAUGUUUGAGAACUAGAUUAUCGAAUAUACUACAACACACAUUUUUCACUCAUGAAUUUAUAAGAAUACAUGCAUUUCUAGAAGAAUUACCAUUAAAAACUGAUAUUGAGAGAGAAGAGUUUUUCACGAAAUUAAGACAGCAAUUACAGAUGUAUCCUGAGGCUGUUGUUGCUGAACAAUUAGGCAGGGUUCUUCUUUCUAGGAUAGUUUUAUUGGAUAGCACUGCUCAAGUAAAACUUUUACCUUUUAUUUUUAAGCCAAAAGAUGAGAAAAACGAUUUGGGAUCUAGUCUAUUUACAAUUUCUACUUUUAAGAAUAUUUUAGUACCAAGGCUUCUGCAGAUGUUUUGCAUUCGAGAUGUAUCUAUCCGUCUAUUGCUGUUGUCCCACUUCAAUUCAUUUGUACAUGUAUUUGAAGCGGAAGAACUAAAAAAUCAUAUUCUUCCUGAAUUACUUGUUGGAAUAAAGGAUACUAAUGAUGAUCUCGUCUGUGCUACAUUAAGGGCGUUAGCUAACAUUGUGCCAAUCUUGGGCGCAGCGACGGUUAUUGGAGGAAACAGAGGAAAACUGUUCACAGACGGUCGGCCAAACAAAAUGCUGAUGCAGAACAAAAACCUGGGUGAUAUUGAAAAAAGUUUAACAUUCACUCAGAAAAUACCUGUCUUCGUGAAUAUAGAGGAGAAUAAUGUACAUUUAUCGGAAAGGCCAUCACCGGACGGCGGUGAGGAUAAGAGAGAGAAAGAAUUUUUGCUUGGCGAGGAAGAGUGCACUUGGUCGGAUUGGGAAACGCAAGAAACAGUUGAGAACAAUCACACAAUAGAAGCUUCUUCAGAUAUUGUACAGACAGAAUUACAAAACAAUAUAAAACCGGAACAAAAUGAUGCGGACUUGUCCUUGCAACUAUCAGAAUCAUCAUCAGAUACGAUGAAAACAAAGUACACAAAGAAACUAGUGCUUUCUGAUAUUACAGAGCUUGAUAUAAAGAAUUCGAAGGUAAUAAAAACUCCAAAGGAAGAAUUUGAUUUCUUUACAGAUAUGGAGCCUGUGAUACAGAAGACACAGAUUUUGCACAUUCCAGAAACACACUCGCCGAAGAGUAUAUUUGAUGUAGAGACAUUAAAUGCCGCUUUGGAAGAACAUGACGAUAAUGACUGGGGGGAGGAUUUAAAUGAUUUAAGUAUAGAUGAGACAUAUGAAUUAGCAGAACAGUGUCCAUGAAAUUACAUUUAUAAAUUUGUUAAAUAUUACAUAAAUAAUUGAUCAUUUAA